UGUUUGGGACUCACGAGUGGCGGACAGUGCUAUGGAUGGGGACAUAACCCGUACGGACAGCUCGGCAUCGGUUCAGUGGCCGACACUUCGACCCCUCAAUGCGUGCGACGACUGAAAGCCAAACAAAUCUCAUUUGUGGACAUCUGUUGCGGCGAUAAUCACAGUCUAGGGCUGACCGCCGAUGGCGUGGUGUACGGCUGGGGCGCCAAUAAUUACGGCCAAACGGGUGAUCGCUAUCAGCAGAACCUAUUGGUGCCGACAAAGGUGUCCAUCAAAGGCCGCAUAUCUGCCAUCACUUGCGGUAAAACACAUUCGGCGGCGCUUUCAUCGACGGGCAAAGCGUACGUCUGGGGUCGUAAUGAUAGUCACCAAUUGGGUCCACACGUGUCCAACACUGAGGGCAAGACCUACUGCUGCGGUCCGCAAGUAAUUUGCGGCGGCAAUCGAUGGCUGUAUCGACGAGUGCUGUGCGGACCAAAUCAUACGAUUCUUAUGACACAUAAGGGCUAUGUCUUCCUCUACGGCCAGAAGGAGUGGUCGCCCGUCGGCUGCGAUUGUUUUCAACACUUAUUUAACGCCAAAUCCAUUGAUUACUCGAAAGUGAAAUACAAAGACAUCGCCGAGACGUACGACAAUCGGGUGGUAAUCGUGACGGCAAUGGAUGGCCAGCGGAUGGUUGUGUUGGCCAACAACGGGCACAUGAUUUUACUGCCGCUGAACCCUCUGAUGGCAAAGAUUGGUAUCGUUUCCCUCUUUGACGCCUUCGCCCUCUUCUGCGGUCUUCGGAAGACAUUUAAAUCGAUUGUUGAGAAGAUAUCUGAAGUGAAGACAACACUGGAGUCGAAGCCAACAAAACAGCCGAAGAAAACUAAACGAUUGAAAACUAGGGAUCAGUUAGAAGUAGACGUGAAGACAACGGAUCAGUUGGACAUAACAGCGAACACGGGAUGUGUUGCGCCGAAGAGUGAAGCAAUUGUUUGCGACGUUAAGAGAGAAUUAGACGACAAGACAAUUAUCAGCACUUGUGAUGAGAAGCCAUUGAUUGGUGACUCAAAUGGCAGAUCAGAUGAAACGAAGUCUUGUGAACCUUUAGUAACAGAAGUCGUGUCCGCCGAUAGCGAUGCGCCAGAAUCUGGCCGACAAUCACCGGAUGUGAUGACGGAUCCGAUCGAUACUGAAUACAUCAAAGCAAUGGCCGCCGAAGUAAUCGCUUCCGAUAUCAAUGACAUAAACAUCGGAUCAAAUGUUGACAGCUUUGACUCCGAAGAAAAAGAUUCGGAAAUAUACUGGUCUGAAGAGGAAGAAUACGUUUGUUUGAGUUAUCGUACAGUCGAUGAUAACAACCAAUUGAAUGCCAAACCCCUUCUGGCAUCAGAUUUAUUUCUCUUUGAUCCGCUUCUUAGCAAUGAAUCCAUUUCUAAGAGCUGUUCACCACUUGAUGGACAGUCACCGACACAACUAAUCGCUAAUCUCAUCGUUGAUGAACCAAAGACUGCAUUCGCACAACAAUUUAUCAAUCAAUCUGAAGACACGGUAUUAAUAGACAUUAAGACACCCGAUAAGGAUAUCAACACUGGAUUCGUUGAACCAAUGAUACGCCAAUAUCACAAGUGUUUGAGCGAUGCGUUCAAUAACUCAAUGGUGUCUGACAUGAGGUUUAUUGUGGAAAAUAAAUCCAUUUAUUGUAAUAAAACAAUACUUAAGAUUCGGUGCAAAGAAUUUUGGCAAAUCUGUGAUCAGAAUAUGAUUAUUGAGAAUGAGAUCUCAAUUAACGCCUAUUCUUACGAUACGUUUAACGCAUUUCUUAUGUAUUUGUAUGGUUUGCGACCCGAAGUGAAUGACCAGAACUGUACGGAACUGUUAAAGUUGGCCAAAGAGUACGAUCAACGAGAACUCAAAGACAUUUGUUUCCAAUAUCUCAUGAAAUAUGUGCCGUGA